AUCACAGGGUUCAGAUGGCUGGCAGAGGCAUGAGGGAGCAGAGCUGUUUCAUGAUGGAGUUAACUAAGUCUAAUUACAUAAUGAUCGAAGAUAAUAAAGAGAACAAAGACCAUUCAUCUGAAAGGGGCAGAACAGCCAUCAUUUUUUCCUUGAAGAAUGAAGUUGGAGGACUUGUAAAAGCCCUAAAACUCUUUCAGGAGAAGCAUGUGAACCUGGUGCAUAUUGAAUCACGGAAAUCCAAGAGAAGAAACUCUGAGUUUGAGAUCUUUGUGGACUGUGACAGUAACAGGGAACAACUGAAUGAGAUCUUCCAGCUCCUGAAAUCCCACGUCAACGUUAUCUCUAUGAACCCAAUGGAGCACUUCACCGUACAGGAAAACGACAUGGAGAAUGUUCCCUGGUUUCCGAAGAAGAUCUCAGAUUUGGAUAAGUGUGCAAACCGAGUGUUGAUGUACGGGUCCGAUUUGGAUGCUGACCAUCCAGGUUUCAAAGACAAUGUCUAUCGCAAGAGGCGAAAGUAUUUUGCAGACCUGGCUAUAAACUACAAACAUGGCGACCCAAUUCCCAAGAUUGAAUUCACUGAGGAGGAGAUCAAGACUUGGGGGACUGUAUUUAGAGAGCUUAACAAGCUUUACCCUACUCAUGCCUGCACAGAGUACCUAAAAAACUUACCCUUGCUCACCAAAUACUGUGGGUACCGGGAAGACAAUAUCCCCCAGCUGGAAGAUGUGUCCCGCUUCCUGAAAGAACGCACAGGCUUCACCAUUCGGCCAGUUGCUGGAUAUCUGUCACCCAGAGACUUCCUGGCAGGCUUAGCGUUCAGAGUUUUUCACUGCACUCAAUACGUUAGGCAUAGUUCAGACCCUCUCUAUACACCAGAGCCUGACACCUGUCACGAGCUCCUAGGCCACGUCCCUCUUCUGGCUGAACCCAGUUUUGCUCAGUUCUCCCAGGAAAUUGGUCUCGCAUCACUUGGGGCAUCAGAUGAGGCUGUCCAAAAACUGGCAACUUGUUACUUCUUCACUGUGGAGUUUGGUUUGUGCAAGCAAGAGGGACAGCUAAGAGUUUACGGCGCUGGCUUGCUCUCUUCAAUUAGUGAGCUCAAGCAUGCCCUCUCUGGCAGUGCCAAAGUCAAGCCCUUUGAUCCAAAGGUUACCUGCAAGCAAGAAUGCCUCAUUACAACUUUCCAGGAGGUUUACUUUGUUUCUGAAAGUUUUGAAGAAGCAAAAGAAAAGAUGAGAGAGUUUGCAAAAACCAUCAAGCGCCCAUUUGGUGUCAAGUACAAUCCGUAUACACAAAGUGUGCAGAUCCUGAAAGACACCAAGAGCAUUGCCAGUGUGGUGAAUGAGCUCCGUCAUGAGCUGGACAUUGUCAGCGAUGCCCUCAGCAAGAUGGGCAAGCAACUGGAAGUUUAACACCCCAAGUGACAGUGUGGUGCACUCGGCCAACUCUUUUCUUUUGCUCACUGAUUGCGUUCUAGGCAUGAAAUGUGUUGUAUACAGAACUCUCACCUUUACAAAUAGACAAAUGAAUGGCUAUAAGGAUAAUCACUUUAUCUUGUUCCUCUCUUUAAAGUCCCUUACAAAAUUUAUUCCACUCCUGCCUUCAUCCCUCAUGGAUAAAAAAGGCCUGGAGUUGCCCACUGAGAGAAUAUAGAAUUUACUACUCUGGAGCAAAACUAGUGGUCUGUGUAUCCCAGGCGGGAUCAGAUGCUUCAGAGGGUGGGUUAUGAGGCAAUAAUGGAAUAAUUCACCCUUGGGAAAUGUCUCUUCUGGAUUCCAGUAGUCAGGAAAGCUUUACAGCAUGGAAAUUACAGUAAUCAGUGCUUCUAAGUCUAUGCUGCCAGGUUUAAAACUUGAAUGAUGACAACCCAAGCAUCAUUGCACAAAUAGCUGGAAGCUCGUCAUGAUAAUAUUUUGGGAAGGUCAAAUCUUGCUUUCAAAGGAAUCAUCCUUGCCCCUAAGGAAUGGCAAAUGCACUGAUUGGCAUGUUCCUAUUAGAAGGCAGAAAAACAGAGUCGAUUGUGGGAAAUCGAUUGUGUGAAAUCCUAAUUCUGUCUAACAGAUUUGUUACCAGCCUAAAGAGGGACAGGACAGCUGCUGCUGUCCCUGGUAUAGCACCUGAAGGGAGAUAGCAAGGAAAUACCGUUUGCCUUCUUCCUCACUGAAUGAAUUCAACCAAGAAUAUAGCAAGUGUUUAGGUACUGACUUAGUACAAAGCCUACAACCAUCUCCAAAUUACAAUUCAAUAGCCAAAACAGCUUCCCAGGACUAAGUGAAGCCCAGUUCUAAAAUAAUACCAAGUCUGAGGUGACGGCCAAAGUUCAGGGUCUGGUACGGCUUUCUGUAAGAGUAAACGUCACUUUGAUUUGACCUGGCAAGCUGCACAAAUAUAUUUAGUUUCUUUGGUAAGCCUGAACACCCUCAUUGCUAUCGAGCAAAUGAUAACUGAAAGGUCCACUAUGGCUAUAUGUGCAACUAUCUCGUAGUGCAGAAUGUACCUAAUUCUAAAGAGCACUUAACAGAUGGUGGGAAGCAGUGACCUGCUGAAUUGUCUCUAUUGCAAAGUAGCAAACUACCCAGGUUAAGAGUUUCAGGCAUCUUGCACAGAUGUAGAAAGCUGUGCUGGGUGCUAUUUCUGCCACCCAUGUAUAUGAAAUGAGUAUAUGGAAGGGGUAUAAUACAGCUGAAUGGGAGGUCUCUGAUAGCAUGCUAUUAAAUAUAUCCUGUCUAGGAACUGUAUCUUUGUAUGUAGAGGUGAUCAGAAAAUCCAUACAUGGUUUGCAGCUCUGAAGGUCACUGGAAAAAUGGGCUGAAAUCUUAAACACACUAGGCACCCUGGGCCAAGACUUUGAGAAGUGGGAAGGAUGUUGAAGAACGUGUUUGAAGCUCAGUUUGUGUUUCAUAUGCCUUUGGGUAGGCAAUACCCGCUCCAUGCGCAAGCGCGGGCCCGGUGUCUCCAAAUGCGUUCACUGUUUAAAUCGGAUCUCUUUUCUAUGACUUUGUCAACCCAGCAUUGCUCUUUCUAUGAAUGUGCUUUUACAUUUAGGGCAUACAGAAAUAGGCUACAAUGGUUGGGGCUUACAUCUCCCUUUUAAAUCGAUUUUAGGAGUUUCCUCUUUUUAAGGAAGGAACCUACUUCUUUUAAGCAAGUGAUAAGGGAGGAUCUAUUUUGCCUGCUUCUGUGAUGAUAGUAUUAAACUGCAUUUUUAAAAAAGAUGGGAUUAUGUUGUUGAAAAAUGCAUAGAUAUGUGUUACCGCACAUCUUUGAAUUAUGUAUCUGUUUUAAGUAGGAAACCUUAUACCUGUGAAGUGAGCACCUAAUUUCAAAUACAUUGGAAAAAUAACACUUGUAUCUUUAUUUGCACUGGUGUAACAAAAAAAAAGAAUGAAACUACUGAAACAGAAAAAUGUCUAUUUUGUGGUAGUAACAACAUGUGUGUUUAGCUUCAUGGCUUCCAAACCUCUGGCUAUGUUGAAACAGUAAUAAUUGAAAUAUUUUUAAACGGUUGCGGAGGCUUUAAAUGCCAAUGAAAUAAACACUGAUGCCUUGUUGGUAAUUGUUACAGAAGCACCCGAGCUUUUAAUUCAGCA